AUGUCGCUCCUCCUGCGGCCGCUCCUGCCGCUGCCGCGCCUCUCGCGCGCCUUUGCGUCCGUCUCGCCACCGACGCUCUCCGAGGUGCUCGACGGCGCUGCACCGCACGCCAGCGGCUCCUCGGCCUCACUCACGCCCGCACAGCGUGCACGGCGCGCCAACCUGAGCCCGCAGGAGCUCACCGCCGAGAUCGAGCUGCAGCGCGCACGCAAGCUGAAGGAGUAUGAGGACCGCAUGCGCAUCAAGGCUAUGGAGCAAGGCCUCUCGCUGGACGAGCUCAAGGCGCAGGCGCGCGAGCGUGCUGCUGCCAGCGCCGCGGCGAAGCGUGCUGCACACGCCGACGUCACGGCCGAGCAGCGUGCUAAGAUGAGCGCCAUCGAGGAGCGCGACAUGCGCGUGGCAUCCGAGAUCCGCGAGCGAGCGGAGAAGGAGGCCAAGCGGAAACUAGAGAGCGGCGAGCUGGGCAGCGGGCCGGGUGGGCGAGGGAGCGUCAAGCCCCUCUCGCAGAUCCUGGACCUGCAGCGUGUUGCCUCGCAAGACGCUGCGACGAUCAGCGAGCUGUGGACGGGCUAUCACUCGCUGAAGAACAAGCUCUCGGCGGUGAUGCCCGCCUCACUCUACCGCGAGAUGUUCGCGCGCGGACAGCGCUAUCCGCAGUUCGUGCUGCCGCUGCCGCGCACCAUCACCGCCGCCGAGGAGGCAGACGACAUCCUGCCGCCGGAGAAGAAGCAGGGCUACGAGAUGCACCUCUGCGAGUGGGCUGCGCUGCCGCCGCCGCCGGCACUGCCAGGCAGCAACACGCAGGACGGCCCCGCGCCGCGUCCCAGCACGGUGCUCUUCACGCCGCUGGCCGAGUACAAGCUGCGGCAAGAAUUUGCACAGCCGCUGCUCGUGCUCACGCACUACACCGACUUGGCAGCCAGCAAGGGCAUCGUGCUGAUGCGAGGCGAUGUGACGGCACACGAGAAUGCCUCUGCAGCGCCGACGGGCUUCGCCGCUGCUGCCGCUGCUGCGGCUCGCGGCGCCAGCGAGGAGGAGCAGGCCAAGCUCAAGGCGCCGCUGCAGGCCGAGGCCAGAAUGACGCAGCAGGACGCCCAGCUCCUCGUGCUGGCGCUGCAGCGCUUCUACAUGCCACCCACCACCAAGGCUGGCGAGGAGGGCGCAGAGACGCGCGCCAAGCUGCUCGCCGACUUCCACGAGCGGCCAGAGGAGUUUGACCUCGCAGCGCUCUGCAAGGCCGCGUUCCUGCUCUCGUAG